AUGGCGGAGGAAAGACUCGACGAUUCGUUUCCAGAGCUGAAAGAGGUGGAAAGUAAGAUCGGGAGGAAAACACCGGAGAGUCUUCUGAUGUGGAUGAGGGAUGCUGCGGACUGCGGAGACGGCUGGAGGUCUGAUGUGGUCGACAACGGAGACCACAGCUCCGAACUCAGCGGUGGCUUUUCUGACAAGAUCAGCAGCUUAAAACAAGAGAUGAGGUGGCUACGUUCUGCAGAUGUAAGGAUUCUGCGUCAGCUGGUGGCCGUGCACGAGGGUAUCGAGGCCAUGCGUUGGCUGAUGGAGGAGCGGGGAGCCUUAGUCAGUCGAGGCAGCAGCUUGACAGGCAGCCUAAGCAGCCUGGUCACUGUGGAGGAGGGGCCCUCAGGGACCCCCUGCAGGGAAAGCCCCAGUCCAACCUGCCCCCACACUGAUGAUGGUGAUUCAGACCACAAGAGCUACUUUGACGUGCUGAGCCCCGAGUCUACUGAAGCGAGACCUCACAGUCCUUCCAACUUCAACUCUGAAGUCAGUGGUUCCACACAUGGCAGGCAUAGUCUGGCAUCGUCUAAUCCUGCCAAUGGCUCGGUUGGUGCCAGUUUACAAAAGUCACAACCGCAGGACUUGGACACGGGUCCAUUUGAAGAUAUGAAAGCUGGCACCAUCAGAAGAGCUCUGCUCAGAUCUAACAGGCCAAGAAAUAAAGUGGAUACUGGUAGUUUUACCCUCGCCCAAGAGUCCGGGGAGACACAGACAGAAGACAGUCUGCCUCAGGAGAGUUUCAAAGCCUCUCAGAACAAGAUGAUGGAAGAGGAAAGCAGUCCACCUGAUGGCGAGAAGUUGUUGUUGGGGUACGAUGCUCAGUGGUGCUGGGUGGAGUCACAGGAUGAUGUGACGUUUUUAUGA